GUCCACCGCCCAUCCUCCUCCUCUCUCCUCCUCCUCCUUCCCUCCCGCCCAGUCUGAGGAACCCCACGUGAUGUUCUUGAUCCUACUAGUGUGGGCGCUGCUGCUGGGGGCGGUGAGGGCCGAGGCAGAGGCAAAAGCAACAGCAGACCCAGACCCAGACCCAGCCCUAAUCUCCCACCACGGCACACCCCACCACCCCGUACCCGCCUACCACCCCACGACCUACGCCCCCGUCACCCCACCCCCCUACCACCAUGUCACCCCGCCGUACCACCCCACCACGCCACCCUAUCACCCCGUCACCCCACCCUACCCACACGUAACCCACGCCUAUGAAUCCGUCACCCCGGCCUACCAUCCCAUCACCCCGGCUUACCACCCCGUCACCCCCGCGUACCCCAGCGUGACAGAAGCUUACGGCCACGCGGGGUACCAUGGGCAUCUCGACGGGGGUCCGAGCUAUGGGUUCAAGUGCUACGGGUAUGACCAGGUCCCGACAUGUUCCUAUAACACAACAAAGCCUUGGUGCCUUUACGAUUAUGAAUACCCACUACAGGAGAUGGGGGAGGCGCUGCACUACUAUAAAGCUUAUGUAUUGGGGCUCUACGCUGACGUGGCGGAUCUGCACACGGCGAACUCGGUGGACAGGCCCCGGACGUUGAAGGAGGAGACAUACUUGUGUUCCUCUGAGACUGGGUACGUGCGGCCUCUACGAGCUAUCAACACGGAAGGCUACUGGAGGACCAUCGUGAAUAAUGUGAAGCUUGACUACGAGGUGCUAACACAGACGACCCGCGUGGAGGAGUGCCAGAGCCAUGCGGAGUGCCCCAAGGUGCCCAGCUGCUAUGAGUCAAAGUGCAUCCAGAAGUUCAUCUACCACCGCUUCCUCGUCUACGACCCUUGCGACGAGUACUUCCCCUUCGCCGUCGAGACCUUCCAGCUCCCCGCCUCCUGCGCCUGCCUCCUCGGCGCCUCCACCCUCGACCACUGACACGCGCGCCGCUUUGGGUUGUGUUAUUUGUGGAGAUUUUUGCUCUUUAGGCCUGUUAGUAGAGUGGCAGUUCUUUCGUUUAGUUAAGUGUUUCUGUACCCUAUUUGUCUUUCCUUUUUUCUACCUUUUUUUUCUUUUUUUCUUCGUUUUUUACAGUCUUGUCUGCUAAAAAGCGUAAUAACUUUUUUAACUGAGAGAGUGGAAGAGAAGAACGAAAGGGAAAGGAGGAAGAGAACGAAAAUGGGUUACGAGAGAGAGCGCGAGUGUUAUACUUCCACUACUACUACUACUAUUACUAUUUUACCUUCUUGCAUUUUUUCUACUUUCCUCUUCCUUAUUCAUUUUCUACUUUCCUGUUUCUGGCGUUUGUUUCCAGCGUCGUAACUUUCCUUUAACCCCUUCUAUAUACACUAUCUGCCUUCUUUCUUCCUUUCUUUCUAACACAUUCUCUUUUUCCUUACAUGUAUACGAAUAUAUAUUUAAGUCGUUCCUUUAAUCCUCUCCUACUCUUCUCUUCCAAUCAUUUGUUCUGGCCACGGCUCAGCUAACCUUAAUUUUUUUUUUCAAUGGUAUGCUAAGUUCCUUUUAUUUUUGGGGUUCCUUAGCGUAGCUUUUUCGAAAUUGAGCUUUCCCAAAACAGCGUUGCUCUUACUAUAUAGGUGCCGACCGACUACAAACCAGCGAAUUAGCGUUGAAGAAAAAAAAUGAAAGAAAAGGAAGAAAAGAUGGUUCAAUACGACGAUGAUUUCUUUACCAUUAGAGAUUAGUGUACUUCUAUAUUUUCUACUGUGCACGCUAUCCUUAAGUUAUUAUUAUUAUUAUUAUUAUUAUUAUUAUUCUUACUAUAUAACGAAACUCCGUCCAACCCCAGGCGUCCCAAGUCCCUCUGGUGGCAAGUGAAGAAAGCAGUUCUCUAGUCGUCUGUGUGUAUGUGUGAGAGUGUGUGUGUGUGUGUAUGUGUG